UCGUUAUUUUAAAAAUGUCUGAAACUAAUUUUGUUUUAAAUUUUAUUUCUGGAGGUGUUGGGGGAUGUUGUGCUGUGGUUGUAGGUCAUCCUUUCGACACAGUCAAAGUUAGACUUCAAACAAUGCCGAGACCAAUAAAUGGCCAAAAACCUUUGUAUACGGGUGCUAUGGACUGUGCUCGACAAACUGUUACGAAAGAAGGAUUUUUUGCUCUUUAUAAAGGAAUGGCAGCACCUUUAGUUGGCGUUUCUCCUUUAUUUGCUGUCUUCUUUGGUGGAACAGCUGUCGGCAAAUGGUUAUUACAAAAAGAUCCUAACCAAAAACUUUCUUUUACUCAAAAUUUUACUGCAGGAGCUAUUGCUGGUAUUUUCACAACUUCUGUAAUGGUUCCAGUUCAACAUUCGGGUGGAGCUGCUCAAAAAUAUGAUGGACCGGUAGAUGUUGUCAAAAAAUUAUACAAAGAGGGUGGAAUUAAAAAUAUUCCUGCAAGCGGUGCUUAUAUUUCUGUAUAUGAAUUUUUGAAGGCUAAAUUUUCUGGUGAACAAGGAAAAUUAACACCGAUGACAACUUUAAUGGCUGGCGGGUUUGCGGGGAUAGCUAACUGGUCUGUAUGUAUACCAGCUGAUGUAAUGAAAUCACGUUUGCAAACAGCUCCGGAAGGCAAAUAUCCAGAUGGAAUAAGAGGUGUAUUUCGUGAAAUAAUGCGUGAAGAAGGUCCUCGUGCUUUAUUUAGAGGUUUUGCACCUGUUAUGUUAAGAGCAUUUCCAGCUAACGCUGCAUGUUUUUCUGGUUUAGAAUUAACUCUUUGGCUGUUCCGUAAUUUACAUAUGGGUUAG